AUGACCGAGUUGCUCAUCUCAAAACUACUGAAACAUGGCAUCGCCAUCAUGGACAUGAGAGGGCAGGGUUAUGACAAUGGGGUGAAUAUGCGCGGUGAGUUUUUUUUAACACCAUCCAAGAGAUUUAUACAUUUUUAUCCGGAUCUACACACCGCUGGGGCCUUGCUGAAAGAGCACGUAAAAGAUGGACUCACAGUGAAACCCCUCAUCACCACGAGAUGGGAGAGCCGGGUGGAGGCUGUGAAACCCCUCAUCACCACGAGAUGGGAGAGCCUGUUGGAGGCUGUGAAACCCCUCAUCACCACGAGAUGGGAGAGCCGGGUGGAGGCUGUGAAACCCCUCAUCACCACGAGAUGGGAGAGCCGGGUGGAGGCUGUGAAACCCCUCAUCACCACGAGAUGGGAGAGCCGGGUGGAGGCUGUGAAACCCCUCAGCGCCACGAGAUGGGAGAGCCGGGUGGAGGCUGUGAAACCCCUCAUCACCACGAGAUUGGAGAGCCGGGUGGAGGCUGUGAAACCCCUCAUCACCAUGAGAUGGGAGAGCCGGGUGGAGGAUGUGAAACCCCUCAUCACCACGAGAUGGGAGAGCCGGGUGGAGGCUGUAAAACCCGUGCGUUACCAACUCGGGGAGAUUUAUGAUGCCCUGUUGUCGAUCGCCACCGACACCAAGCUCACAGGCAGCUGUGGUGCUAAAACAAGGUUGGGGGAAAACAGCAUUGCUGCCAAGACCAACAACUUUGGGCUUCAUGUGCGCAGUGGUCGUUUGGUAUGACAUCUUGUUCGAAGUGAACAUGACCAGUAAGAGUUUGCAGGCAGUUAGUUUUAACCUUUCACUAGCAGUGGCUCAAUUGAACUCAACCAGGGUAUUCCGCCAAGACUACCGCUCCGAUGCAGCUUUCGCUGGCGCAGAAGAGUUGGCAGAGGAGAUGGGUAUUGAGCCCUGUUUCCCAGGGCAGCCCACGGUCCAUCCCAGGAAGAAAAGGAGUCUGUUUUGUUUUGUUUUGUUUGGCUACGAGGGAGAGGAUGAGCCAGUAGAUUUCUUUAAUCAGAUUCUGGAUUCUGCUAUCCAGUCCGUCAACGAACGCAUCUUGAGAGCACAGCAGUGUUUUCAGCAUCCUGUACAACAUCCCCACCAUCAAGGACAUGGACACUGCAGCACUUACCAGGAACUGCGCAACACUGGAGAGGGCCCUUACAUAUGGGGAUUCUAGGGACAUCGAGGCAAAAGAUCUGUGUAAUGAGCUCAAAGUCUUGAGCAAGAGACUGGACUGUGAGGCAAAACCACUGGACGCACUCGAGUACAUAUCCAGACACCAAAUGGCCUCCUUAUAUCCCACUGCCUUUGUUGCCCUGAGAGUUCUUCUCCCACUCCCGGUGACAGUGGAGAGCGCACAUUCUCAAAGCUCAAACUCAUCAAAAACUACCUGCGCUCUACUAUGAGUCAAGAGAGACUCAAAGGACUCGCCACCAUAUCAAUUGAGCACAAGUUGUCUUACAAAAUUCAACCUCCAAGAAGCAGUGCAUGCUUUUGCUGCCUGGGCGGCCAGGCGAGUCAACUUGUCUGAAUAGAAGAUGAUAUGAUUUCAGGACCAUGGACAGCUACCGAGAGAAAACAUCGCUGACUUGCAAUGCAGCGCCAAAGAAGAGGAAAGAGGCCAACUUUAGGCGCAGACAAAAUAAAUAAAUGGUGAAACUGAUGUUGGUCAAUCAAAUUCGAUAUGUAAAUAAACAAAAUUCGUUGAAGCUGGGUCAUUGACAUAAAGCUUAUUUUACACAGCUCCAGUGAAACGAGGCCCCGCCAUGCAUUUAUGAAAGCACUCGUUUCUAAAGCUACAAUUCUCUUUUUUUUCCUUUUUUUUUUUUAACAGUUCUACCCGAAUAUUAAAAACAUUUGUUAAAUAUGUUAUAUAAAAGUGUUAUUUUAUUGUAACAAUUGUGGGGUUGUGCCAUGUGUGAUAACAGGUGUCAUAUUAUUAGUAAGAAACUCUGUUUCCUACUAUAGGCAACUGGCUGCAUAGUGAUAGUGUAACAGUAUAACUUUAGACCGUCCCCUCGCCCAUACCCGGGCGCAAAACCAGGGACCCUCUGCACACAUCA